AUGGAUUACGACACAUGCACAUUUUCAUAUGUUGCUACCAAAGAUCGAGCACCUAAAACACCCACAGGGAUUGAAUGUUCGUGGCUGGAUCUGAAACUUGAAUUUAAUCGACAAGGAGACGGUGUACCAGGUGCAAAAUAUUAUAAAACAAUUACUAAGGAGGGACCACAAUUAUAUCAAACAGCAACUGAUGUAAAAUACGAUCAAAUACAUUCUCCGGAUCUAAACCCUAGACGUGGAACUUUUACAUCAACAACUGAUGAUGAUGAUGAUGAUGAUGAACCACGUUUUGGUGAAGAAGAAGGAUUAAAUUAG